AGCUUCUAAACCUGUUAUGAACUUGCUGACUAAGAUGCAGAAAAGCAAGUUUAUCACUUCUGACAUGGUGGCAGUAAUAGAGGAGACUGAUAGAGAGCCUGAUACAUUCCUGACUCUUCAGACAGUGUGGGUUAGAGCUAUGGGUAUUCCUAAUGUUGCCAGAACUGAGUUUGCUGUUUUAGAGUUGGCCAAAUUGGUAGGAUUUCCAGAAGAAGUACAUAUACCUUCUCUGCAGUGGAAAGCUGUGUGGGUUAAGGUUUCAUGCAAAGACCCCUAUAAGAUUGGUGGUGCAUCAGAAGUGUUUAUUAACAAGAAGGGCAAGAAAAUAUCAUGGUUUUAUUCUGAUAAGCUGCCACAACAUCCUCCUACGAAGCCUGAUGAUGAUGAUUUUGAUAUAAAUGAUGGGGAGGUGACAGAUGAAGAAGAUCCUGAAUCUCAGGAAAGCCAUGGCUGGCUUGAGACUGGAAAGUCUCCACCAAAGGGGCCUACUUCUCAUGGAGCUGGUCCUUCAAAUUAUCAGGGCAGACAAACAAGUAAUCUGGAUAAUGACAGAAAUGGAGCAGUGGGGUCUAAUGAAACCAGUAGGACAGUUGCUGAGGAUGACAGCAAAAAGGACUUGAUACAGGAGAUUACUGAUUUGGAAGAAAAAAUGCAAGUGAGAUCAACCAUUAAAAAUUAUUCUGAUCAAAGGGAAUUGCUCGCAGAUCUAGGCUUUAUGGAGAUUAGUGAGGAAGUGCCAGUUGAGAGUAACAAAAAUUAUGCUUUGCCAACAGAAAAGUUGACCCCUGAAGUUUUUUCAACACAGGAGAACCUCUCAGGGCAAUCAGAUGAGCCUGAGUUGAAUGAGGAUAAGAAUAAUGAUCAUGAAGUAGAGGUAGUUACUUCUAAGUCCAAGUGUGCAGAGGGGACAGUUCCAGUGUCUGCUAAAUCAACCAGUAUUCUUAUUGAUACUAUCAGGCAUAGUUCAAGACUGAAGGAGGAUGGGACCACAAUGAUGGUGAAAGCAAUGAACAAAAAAGCCUCAGCUGCAUCUAAAGGUGCGUUAUGGACAAUCUGGAAGACGAGGAAUGACAUGGCUAUCAACAAAAAAAUUGUUUCGUCUCCCAAGGUGAUCAUCUUCAAGACACUGAUGUUGAUCAAGACAUGGCGCCCACUUCUAAAAACAAAGCUGGACCCUACGGCGCACGAGAUGAUCAAUCUGCUAGACUCCAACCUACAGUAGCUUCUUUGUUGGUGUUGGGUGUCCACUUUUAGAGUGUUUGUCUGGUUGAUCGUUUGGUGUAGCUCGGACCUUAGAGGUUCUUGGAGUGUUUCGAGUUUUGUUUUUCGCUGUUCAGGUGUGCCUUUUUCUGUAAAACUGGAAACCCCAGUGCUCAGGCCUUGGGUGAUCGUUACGCUUUCUAAUAAAGCUGGGUGAACGCCUUUGGUCUAAAAAAA